ACUCCACAGUGGGACGGACUGAAACUGCUUUUGGAUAAGAGACGUUAUUUGUUUAUUUGCUCGUUGUUCAAUUCAAAAACGCAGAUCCUCGAAGAAAACAUUAUCACUUUCUCUUCUGGAGCUUCAUCAGAGAAUUCAAUGUCAUAACCUGGAAGACAGGCGUUUCGAAAAGGAUUCUCAAAACGACAUAUCUUCAUUGCCCUUUUCGACGGAGAUCAGAGCGAGCGAGGGGGGAGAAGUAAAGAAGAGAGAGACGGCAGAGACCCGUACUCCUUCACUGGGGCUAUGGAGGAGGAGGGGCAACAGAGCCUGGAGUGUAUCCAGGCCAAUCAGAUCUUCCCUAGGAAGCCCCCUAUCCUGGAGGAGGAGGAUCUGCAGGUGCCCUUUCCUGAGCUGCAUGGAGAAUUCACUGAGUACGUGGGGAGAGGAGAGGACGCAGUCAUCGCCAUGUCCAGCUAUCGCCUGCACAUCAAGUUCAAAGAGUCCAUCGUCAAUGUUCCGCUGCAGCUGAUUGAGUGUGUUGAAUGUCGGGACAUGUUCCAGCUCCAUGUCACCUGUAAGGACUGCAAGGUCGUCAGGUGUCAGUUCUCAACGUUUGAGCAGUGCCAGGAGUGGCUGAAGCGUCUGACGGCAGCCGUGCGACCUCCCUCGCGCCUGGAGGAGCUGUUUGCCUUUGCCUUCCAUGCCUGGUGUAUGGAUGUAUAUGCUGGAGAGAAGGAGCAACACGGGGAGCUCUGUAGACCAGGCGAUCAUGUGACCUCGCGUUUCCGUAACGAGGUGGAGCGAAUGGGCUUUGACACUCAGAACGCCUGGAGGAUAUCUGAGAUCAACAACAAAUACAAGCUGUGUUCCAGCUAUCCUCAGCUUCUCCUGGUGCCAGCUUGGAUCACCGAUAAGGAGCUGGAGAACGUCGCCGCUUUCCGCUCCUGGAAGAGAAUUCCUGCCGUAGUCUACAGGCACCAGAGCACAGGGGCCGUGAUCGCCCGCUGCGGCCAGCCGGAGGUCAGCUGGUGGGGCUGGCGUAACUCCGACGACGAGCACCUGGUCCAGUCCAUAGCCAAGGCCUGCGCCGUAGACAGCGGCUCCUCCCGGCACCUCACCAACGGCUCCUGUUCGACGGAGCACACCAACGGCGUCGAUCUCACGGACGUCGACUUCGACUCCUCCAUGACGAACAGUUCUGAGGUGGAGACGCUGGCCACGCAGCCCCACAAGCUCCUGAUUCUGGAUGCCAGGUCCUACGCAGCCGCUGUGGCCAAUCGUGCCAAGGGAGGAGGUUGUGAGUGCCCAGAGUACUAUCCCAACUGUGAGGUGGUGUUCAUGGGCAUGGCUAAUAUCCAUUCCAUCCGCAAGAGUUUCCAGUCUCUACGCUUCCUCUGCACACAGAUGCCCGACCCUGCCAACUGGCUGUCUGCUCUGGAAAGCACAAAGUGGUUGCAGCACCUGUCUCUGCUGCUGAAGGCAGCUCUACUGGUGGUUAACGCUGUGGACCGGGACCACAGGCCCGUUCUGGUGCACUGCUCAGACGGCUGGGACCGAACCCCUCAGAUAGUAGCACUGUCCAAACUGCUGCUUGAUCCGUACUACCGCACCAUUGAGGGUUUCCAGGUGCUGGUGGAGACAGAGUGGCUGGACUUUGGCCACAAGUUCGCUGACCGCUGUGGACACGGCGAAAACGCCGAGGACCUGAACGAACGCUGUCCCGUCUUCCUGCAGUGGCUGGACUGCGUGCAUCAGCUCCAAAGACAGUUCCCAUGCUCCUUUGAGUUCAACGAGGCCUUCCUGGUGAAGCUGGUGCAACACACGUACUCGUGUCUGUUUGGCACGUUUCUGUGUAACAGCGUUAAGGAGAGAGAGGACAGACAUAUUCAGGAGAGGACCUGCUCUGUGUGGUCACUGCUCAGGCCUGCCAACCGCUCCUUCAGAAACAUGCUCUACUCCUCACACUCUGAGACCGUGUUGCACCCGGUGUGUCACGUACGAAACCUGAUGCUGUGGACGGCAGUGUACCUGCCAAGCUCUUCGCCCACCACGCCCUCAGAUGACUCCUGUGCCCCCUACCCUGUACCGGGUUCCAACCCAGAGGAGCAGCCUCUGGGCAGGCGGCCUAAGACCCGGUCUUUUGAUAAUUUGCCCAGUGCGUGUGAGGUGGGGAACACUCUAGCCCCUAACCGACGCUCCAGUGACCCCAGCCUGAACGAAAAGUGGCAGGACCAUCGCCGCUCGUUAGAACUUAACAUAGGGGUGGGGCCUGACGGCACCACUACUUCACAAGACCCAGAAGGGAGAGCCAAUAACCAGCCAGGGGCGGAGCAUACGGAAGGCGUGCCUGAUGGGGAAAACGAAGAGGAGAGCGUCAAUCACGCGAGACUGCCCGUGGGAGAGCAGGUCGAGGAUGCGGAGCUUUCCUUAACGAUGGGCGUGGCUGUCGGUCAGAUGGUAAACAUUCUCCAGGAGGCUACAAUAGAGGAGAACGCCACCGACGGCCGCAGAGAAGUUAAUCCGAAACUGGCGGAGGCUUACGGUGACAAUAGCCUCAGUGAUGCCGCUGACGAUCAGAAUGUCGCUAAUGCUAACUCUGCUGAAAACGAGACUCAGUUGAAUGGGAUCCUUCACGGCGUUGAGACACGGGAAAAUCCUAAUGUUUUAGGGACAUCAGAGGAGGGUCAGGUCAAUGGGAUCCGUCCAGAGGCUGUGAAUGAGGAUUCACAGGAGUCAACGAUUCAUCCCACAGGUAGUCCACAGGAACGGGAUACACAGGAGAACCAGGAGUCUGAGGAGUUAGCACAGGAGGUUAUGGAGAAGUAUAGCAUUCAGGAUGCACUUAAAACCCCUUCCCCCUUGAAUCCAACACACUCUGCUCCCUCAACCCACAGGACUAUCAGUAAUGGACAUGGGGAAAGGAGAGCAGAGGAGUGUCCAGAGGGUCCAGAGGCUGGCAGGUCUGCGUCAGAACCUGACAAAAGACUGUCCCUCUUGGAAAGCUCCACAGAGACGCUCACCGAGGACGGCGGGGUCAGGCCCGAGAUGCCGGGCCAGUUACCGAUCCCCAAGCCCCUCUCGGAACCCACGUGCCUCAAAAAGGCGUCAGGGGCGGAACCAGAGACAGAGCUCCAGGCCGCUCCCAGAACUUUAAACGGCACCAAGCGGCCGUCUCUCAGUGCCUUCCAGCCCGCCUCCAACGAGCCGCCCUACCCCGUCUGCAACGGCGACUCCUCUGACCAGGAACCCUGCACCCCGCAGUGGACGCGGGCCAACGGGGAACGCGAACGCGCCUCCCUGAGCCGACAGGUGUCGCUGGCCAGCUGCGGCUCGCUGACCCUCCACGCUCGAGGGAGCUGCUCGCACCACCGCUGCAUCCACGGCCUGCUGGGAAGACCGCCAGCCAGCCCAGAGGGGCCGACGCGGAGCCACCUGGACGACGACGGGCUGACGCUCCACACGGACGCCAUCCAGCAGAGACUGAGGCAGAUCGAAGCAGGGCACCAGCUGGAGGUCGAGACACUCAAGAGGCAGGUGCAGGAGCUUUGGAGCAGGCUGGAGAACCAGCACACCGUGGGCUCCACGCGCAUCAACGGAGACAUCGCGGACGAAGUGACCUCAAUCGCAGACUCAGACUUUAACCUGGACCCCAACUGCCUGUCGCGCUGUAGCACGGAGCUCUUCUCAGAGGCCAGCUGGGAGCAGGUGGACAAGCAGGACACUGAGGUGACCCGGUGGUACCCUGACCAUUUGGCUGCCCAGUGCUACGGCUGUGAGAGCAGGUUCUGGCUGGCCACCAGGAAACAUCACUGCAGAGGCAAGGAGCGUGUGGAAGAGGCCUGGAAUUGUGGGAACGUAUUCUGUGCCAGCUGCUGCGAUCAGAAGAUCCCAGUGCCAAGCCAGCAGCUGUUUGAGCCCAGUCGUGUGUGUAAGGCCUGCUACAGCACCCUGCAGCCCUCCACCACCCCCAUGGAGCUGGAGCUGGAAAAAACCAUCACGGCCAGCUCUAACUAG